UGGUGGUUUAUUCUACCGACCGGCGGGGAAUGAGCUCAUCCGCAGCCAAUCGGAAGGCCGGGAUCCGUGGGCGGCCGAGACCUCGCAAAUUGCUGCCUCCACCUGACCGCUAGGCAGGCGAAAGAGGCGUCCCGGCGCUGCGAUGGCGAGAGGCGCUGGCGACCGGGCUUGGCAUCGCCCGCCUCCCCUCUCCUCCGCCUCCUCCUUGCAUGAAAAGGCUUCCGUAGGACCAGCGCAGGGAGAUGCUGAGGCGUAGCGGACCGGAUGAUGGUCUAGUCAGCGAAAGCCUUCCGGGAACCCCGCAGCAGGCGAGUCCGCGUCACGAUUCUCGCGGCUGUGCCAAAGGUACCGCUGCGGGAAGAGGCGAUCUCUCGUCGCGCACUGCAGGAAAUGGUCUGGUAAGGAUUUCUUCAGCAUGUUCUGCUUGUAAGUAGAGAGUCUCCUGAACACCAGCUUUGGGUAUGGAUUCUGAGUCCUGCACCCGAGCUUUCUCCCAAGCCCGAGUCUACCUUGAGCAAAUUCGAAGCCGGGUUGCACCGGCAGGUGUUGAUACCCAUGGAGCUGGGAAACGCGACUACCUAGUGGAUGCAGCCAAGCAAAUCCGCCUGGCUUUGGAGCGAGACGUCAGUGAGGACUACGAAGAAGCCUUUAACCACUACAAGAAUGGUGUGGACGUCCUGCUCAAUGGAGUCCAAGUUGACCCUAACAAGGAACGCCGCGAAGCUGUGAAGCGGAAGAUCACCCAGUACUUGAAACGGGCUGAAGAGAUUUUCAACUGCCAUCUCCAGCGGACUCUGGGGGAUGGAAAUUCCCCUGAAACGGGCUACAGCAGCCUUCGCUUUCGGCCAAUCAGGACACUCUGCACCCCGCUUGAGAACCUGAGGCGCUGUAAAGUGGUGGGAAUAAUUGAUAAGGUGCAAAUCGUAGAGGAUCCAGCUACUGGAGGAACAUUUAUUCUGAAGAGCCUCCCCAAAUCCCUUGUAGAAACCCGUGGAAGGCAGACAAUCAUUCCACAUGGAAUCCCCUUUAUGGCUAAAUUGCUAUGCUACUCAGUCAGCGAGGACUCAAUCUUCCUCCAUCUGGAGCAUGUGAAAGGGGGGCCUCUCUGGUCACAUCUUCGCUCAGAGACCGGCUUCCAGCACAAUUAUGCUUCUAGCAGCUCUCAUACCUCGACUCCAAAACUCAGCUCAUCUGUGGGGCAUAAUGAGGAAAAACUCACCAGAGAAAACCCCCAAGAAGCAGAUGCCAUGUCCCAUCAGAACUGGAGCGUCUGCUCUGACAGUCAUAUCGGCCGGGUCCCCACCUCUGUAAAUCACCCUCUGUUGAGAAGGACAGACCGUUCCUUGCCUCAGAAGCAGUCACCCAAUCACACCCAUGCCAGAGCAGUGACUGACUGCAAGGGCUGUCUUGGACCUCCCUCUGGGCUAGGGGGAGAUACUGGACGGAAGGAUAUAAAUGCCAUAUACUCUUUGUCUGGUACCACAAAACCUGAUUUCAAAUCAGUACCUCGAGGACACAACUACUUGGUCAAACAACAGCUGACUUUCCGGUCAUGUGACUCGCUUAUCACCACGGAUGGCAACAGCCAUGUGACUAAGGAAGCUGCCACUCAGCAGGAACCAAAGCUGGCAACAGGCGAGAGAUUUAACCACUCUGUCCUGCAGACCCUGAGAGGAAGCAACUCGCCAAAGACAGAAACUCAAUAUGGCAAAGGGCCCAGGUGUACACAGCAGCCAGCAUCUCUCCCACGACAGAGUCCGGUGCGCCCUAGGACACCUCUGCAGAAACAAUGCAGGGAGAACCAACCGGAGAUGCCAUCCUUGAGAAGAGGAAGCUCUGAGCAAGAAAAGGUACUUGAUAGCAAGGAACAUAAAAGUCAACUGUUACCAGAACAAUACGGGCCUCCAGAACAUCAGACUGUCCCAAGACAUGGUGCUGCAGCCUGGGAUGUAAAUGAAGAUCAGGUCCAAAGCUGGGCUGCAGAACUGGUUUUAGCUUUGGAAGGACUCCACCAACAAGGGGUAUUAUGCCAGGACCUCAACCCACGAAACUUGCUGCUAGAUGUUGAUGGUCACAUUCGUCUGACCUAUUUUGGCCAGUGGAGCGAGGUAGAACCACAGUACUGCAGCCAGGCAUUGGAAGAUUUAUACUGUGCUCCAGAGGUGGGUGGCAUUUCUGAACUAACGGAAGCCUGUGACUGGUGGAGCUUUGGGGCACUGCUAUAUGAGUUACUCAGUGGAAUGUCUUUAUCCCAGAAUCACCCCUCAGGGAUUCAUCCCCAUACACAGAUCCAUCUUCCGGAAAAGCUCAGUCAGUCUGCUUCUGCCCUGCUGACCGAGCUGCUGCAGUAUGAUCCCAAACAACGUUUGGGCUCUGGAAAAGAUGGUGUGAACAGGAUCAAGUCACAUCCUUUCUUCAGCAGUAUCCAGUGGAGCAAGAUGGCUGCAUACUAAGAAAUGAACAAUGGAACUUGUGGUGGUGGAAUGUUUACCUGUUGGCCUACCUGUGGCAAGAUGACCCAUACCCAGAUGUACCAUACCAUUCCUGGGCCUUGAGAACAUGGAUGGUGUUGUUUCUCCAGGACAAUGCCACGAAACUAGUCAAGAAUCUAGGUUUUCUGUCUUUGAGUUGCCCUGAUUUUGCUUCCUAGCAGUUUGCCACUUGCAGUUUUGGAAAGUUUAACUUUACCUUUCAAGAAUCCCAGUCUUUGUGGAGAUGAUGAGUACUCUCUUUGAGACAUGAUAUGUAUAAGAUCAAUUAGGUUGCCUUUUCAUCAUUCCCUGAAGAAUGUAAGUUGGUUUUCACUAUUUCUUAUGCUUCCUGACAGUCCAAGGUCCAAAGAGACAGAUUCCUUCUCUCUGAUCCUGUCGCCUUCUACUUGCUUGUCAAUCAUAUCUCUUGCCCACCUCACCAUGCUAAUAAUUCUUCUAGCCCUUCCUUCUCAUGCUGCUCCAUUGCUUCUCACAUCUCUCUCCGCCAAUUUUAAUCCUGAAUCAUCUUACUAUUAUUACAAGUGUGAUCCAUUCCAACUUACUGGAGCAUUUCGGCUACACUAUCAUUAAAUGCAGUUCAGGGGUAACAAGAUAUAUUUCUCAGUUUGCAUGUGCACCUUCUGGAUUGGGUUUCUUCUGCAGAAAUAAGUCAAACUAUUAGAGGGAAAGUACAUACAAUGCUCUUUGUGUGAUCUCUCUAUGGAUCUUCCAUUUUCUUGCCUGUGAACAUUUUAAAAUUAAUAAAAGAAACACAGCACAAUCAA